AGGAUCACUGACCCAACCAAGCCAUCGUCUUCUUUAUCUGUUAUGAUUAAAAAUAAUAAUAAAUAAAUCUCUAGAAAAUAAAAUAUUUUCUUUGGGAUCUGUCGGUUUAUGAUUAAUUGAAAAGAAGAACUAAAGAAUCUUUCUCGGGUAGAAUUUUCUGUUUGUUUCCUUUGAAAAUCUUGGGAAGGAAAUUUUUUCCUUUUUUAUCUUUUGUUAACUCGUGAUUCUGAAGCUUUUUUUGGAGAAUCCUGGUUAACUCGCCGCGUUAACUCAGAAACGUCCUUUAAAUUUGUAGGCGGUGAGGCAUGUCGACUCCAGCAAGGAAGAGACUGAUGAGGGAUUUUAAGAGGUUGCAACAAGAUCCUCCUGCAGGAAUUAGUGGUGCUCCUCAAGAUAACAAUAUUAUGCUCUGGAAUGCUGUUAUAUUUGGACCUGAUGACACCCCAUGGGAUGGAGGUACGUUUAAACUGACACUUCAGUUUACAGAGGAUUAUCCAAACAAGCCACCAACGGUUCGUUUUGUAUCUCGAAUGUUCCAUCCAAAUAUUUAUGCGGAUGGAAGCAUCUGUUUGGACAUUCUACAAAAUCAGUGGAGCCCAAUUUAUGAUGUAGCAGCAAUACUGACAUCUAUUCAGUCGUUGCUUUGUGAUCCAAAUCCUAAUUCUCCUGCAAAUUCAGAAGCUGCUCGGAUGUUUAGCGAGAACAAGCGUGAAUACAAUAGGAGAGUACGUGAGAUUGUCGAGCAGAGUUGGACCGCUGAUUGAUAGCUCGUGGUUUGAUUCCAUAGUAAGAACAAGCAUGAAUAGAAUAGGAGAAUAUGUGAGAUUGUCGACCAGAGUUGGACUGCUGAUUGAUAGCUCACAGUUUGGUUCUAUGGAAUGGCAAAAACAGUCCAAUGGCCUGUCUAAAUAACAUUUGACACUGAAAAUGUGUUGCAAACUAUUUUGACUUUAUUAUGUUGUUUGUUUUAUGAGGAUGGAUGAUGCUUCCUUAAUUGAAAUGAUUGCUCUAUCUUCUUUUAAGUCAUUUGUUCAAAAAGUUAGUCUAAACUUUCUUUUUGGUGCAAAGACCAUUAAUGA